CACACGUGCCCUGACAACUACAAGGCACUGUAUUUAAGGACAUUUAAGUUUAUCCAGGCAACAUGUUACAACACCUGAGGAGUGCAUCUCGUGCCUUAUUACCUUUAGGAUUAAGGUCUUCCAUUAUGUGUCGGAGUUAUCAUCCCGAGUCCUGUGGAAUUAUCAUCAGCCAAGAGGUGAAAGAAGCUCUCUCAUCACAUCAACCAGUUGUUGCUUUAGAGUCAACAAUUAUAACUCAUGGAAUGCCAUACCCUCAAAAUUUGGAAACUGCCAUGAAAGUUGAGGAAAUAAUCAGAAAAGAGGGAGCUGUACCAGCCACUAUAGCCAUUAUAAAAGGUCAGGUGUAUGCAGGUCUUUCUCAUGAACAACUGCAUGUAUUAGCUGCCCAAAAGGAUCCUUGUGUAAAGACAUCACGCAGAGACUUUCCCUAUGUCUUAGCAAAGGGAAUAAAUGGUGGAACCACAGUCUCGGGGACAAUGAUGGUAUCACAGAAAAUCAACAUUCCCAUCUUUGUGACUGGUGGUAUUGGAGGAGUUCAUCGUGGUGCAGAGAGUACACUGGAUAUAUCGGCGGACCUCACUGAACUUGGGCGUACACCAGUAACCGUUGUAUCAGCAGGUGUCAAGAGUAUUCUUGAUGUAGGGAGAACAUUAGAAUAUUUAGAGACACAAGGUGUGUGUGUUUCAGUCUUGGGUCCUGAUUCUAAGUUUCCAGACUUCUUUACAAGAGACAGUGGUUAUGAUGCACCUUGUCAUGUAGAGUCCCCAGCACUUGCUGCAUUAUUGAUGCAGAAGAGAGCAGAAUUGGACAUAAACUCUGGCAUGCUGAUUGCUGUGCCCAUUCCUAAGGAACAUGAAGCUGAAGGCCAGCAAAUAAAAGAUGCCAUUGAGGAAGCUGUUAAAGAAGCAGAGUCAGCAGUUCGUGGAAGAGAUGUGACCCCAUUCAUUUUGCGACGAGUAUUUGAAAUCACAGGAGGCCAGAGCCUGAAGUCCAAUAUUGCCCUCAUUGAGAAUAAUGCCAAGGCUGGUGCACAGAUAGCAAUGGAGUAUGCCAAACUGUUGACUCCAUCAUCAAGUUUUAUUCCACCUAUACAUCCGACCAACAAGAAGUCUCAGCUCUCUGAAGUGGAUGGAAGACCUGUGGUGAUAGGCGGAAGCAUCGUUGAUUUUGUUGCAACUGUAAUGGAACCAGAAAUUAAGGUAAGUGCAUGAUAUAAAUUGCAAAUUUAUUGCAUGUUGAUAGAAUUUUUUAUGGUUCAAGGUGCUUCCCAGCAAUAGGAUUAAUAUUCCAGCAAUAUGGAUCAAUGUAAGUGUCGAAAUUAAGUACAUACCUAGUGAAGUAUGCCACAACAGUUUUGAACCCUUA